ACAGGCCACUACCAUUCACCAGCACAAGCACGAUUAACUCAAUAUUAAUGUCAGCAAGGUAAGAUCGCUGCAGCAGGGACUCGGAUCAGUGGAAGUGGACCAUGGCGGCUGCCACGAGCAGCAACACAUCCACAGCCACGCUUCAGAUAAAGCACCCCAGUAUCGAGCAUACGCGGAAACGCAUAGACCCGAGGAGGAGGCAAGCGGCGCUGUCUUUUCUCAGCAACAUUUCUUUAGAUGGACGACCCGUGCAAGACGAUGCAGACAAUCAAAACGAAGAGGAAGGCUCACUUGAACCUAGGACUACACAGAGCCUGGUUUCCCCGGAGCGCUCGGCGUACGGGGCUGCUGGCGCCGGAGCUGCUGCUGCUGCGGCGGCGGCGGCGGCGGCGGCGACCACGGCCGCCCAGGCGCUCGCUUUUGCAAACCAGGCUCUCCUCGCCAGCAGUCGGGCCAGUUUUGGGACGGGUCCUGCCGCUGCCCCGGCGGCGGGUGCAGACACGGAGGGCGACGCUUUCGUGUCCUCGACGUUCAGCUCUCCCUUCUCCGCGGUCCCAGCCUCGACUAGAGGGAGGCUGCAGACGUACACUCAGGGAAUCCUUCCUGCCUCCUACUCCAGACAGUCCUCCCAAAGCUACUGCCUGGAGGGUGGACAGAUAGCCAACUCUGCCAUAGAGCUACAGAGGUCAAGACGAAGACUCAUCUCUCAGCGCUCUUCGCUUGAAACGCUAGAGGACAUUGAGGAAAAUGCUCCUCUUCGCAGAUGCCGAACCCUAUCGGGUUCACCCCGACCAAAGAGCUUCAAGAAAGUCCACUUCAUAAAGAACAUGAGGCAACAUGAUAUGCGCAAUGGAAGGAUAGUCCUUAUCAGUGGCAGAAGAUCCUUCUAUAGUGUAUUUUCUGUCCUGCCCUAUCGAGAUUGUAGCCAAGCAGGGGAUAUAAAGCUGGAAGGAGGGCGUCAGCGGCACCCGUCAGGAGGCGUCAGUGCCAAGGAGAUGGUGAUCGGGCUGGAGGGAGUGGAGUUGGGAGCAGAUGGAAAGACUGUAUCCUACACCCAGUUCUUGUAUCCUACUAAUGUGCUGGGUGGUCGCAGAAACACCAUCGACUCCACCUCUUCCUUCUCUCAAUCUCGUAACGCCAGCCACCGCAGCCUCAGUUUGGGCCGAGCCAACAGCAACCAGAGCAGCCUAGACACAGGGAAUGAUUUGGUUGACUUUCGCGAGUAUGAUCCGAAUCUGCUGGAUGACCCUCAGUGGCCUUGUGGAAAACACAAGAGAGUCCUCAUCUUCCCCUCCUACAUGACUACGGUCAUUGAAUACGUCAAACCCUCUGACCUCAAGAAGGACAUGAAUGAAACCUUCAAGGAGAAAUUCCCCCACAUAAGGCUUACACUCAGCAAGAUAAGGAGCUUGAAAAGGGAGAUAAGAAAGCUGGCCCAGGACGAGUGUGGUUAUGAGGAGCCCACAGUGGCCAUGGCUUUCGUCUACUUUGAAAAACUUGUUCUUCAAGGCAAACUAAACAAGCAGAAUCGUAAACUCUGUGCUGGAGCUUGUGUUCUUCUGGCAGCCAAGAUUGGUGGUGAUCUCAAGAAACAUGAAGUCAAGCUCCUGAUAGACAAACUGGAGGAGAGGUUCAGAGUGAACCGCAGAGAGCUGAUAGCCUUCGAGUUCCCUGUCCUGGUGGCGCUGGAGUUCAACUUGCACCUGCCCGAACACGAGAUCAUGCCCCACUACAGACGCCUGCUGCAGACCUCCUAGCAUUAGUAACCCAUCAGGAGGACGACCACCAGGUUCUCCUCCUGAUCUCCUCCCCACAGUAUCCAUCCUCCCACCUCUCUCUUCCCCAUCGCCGUCUCACCGCUUCAAGGUACAGUUGGUUGUCAGUCAGCCGCCGCCGUUCAUCAUUACCGACAACCCUCUCCUUCAUCUCAGAGACCUGGAAUCAGCCAAAGGGACACGUGUUUUUAAACAAACUUUUCUCAAUUUUUUUGACUUCUACAUUCAUUAUCACUACAUGGACUUGGAAAGAAAGGGUUCAACUGUCUGCAAACAAGUUGUUUUUCUAGUUUGCAUGUUCCACAUCUCUUCAUCUUCAUUUUGUAUACUUUAGAUCUCUCUUGUUGCUUAAGAGAGCUUUUUUUCUUUUUCUUUUUUGCUUGAAUCUGAUGGUGAACAUUUUUUUUCUCAGUUAAAACAACCAAUGAUUGUAACAUUUUUUAUCAUCUCUUUUCAUUAAUCUCCUUCUUUGGUAUGAUUGGUUGCCUCCUGGCCUGGAUAAAAUUUAAACAAAAGCCCUUUAAGUGGCUGGUUUUGGCUGGACUGUUAUUCCUCAGAGUGACUCAUCUUUUCGCAAGUCAUCGUCUUAAAAGUGCACUUUUUGAAUAUUGCAAGACGUGGGCAGAACGGGGACAUUUUUUUUCCCAGACUUUUAAUGAGCUUGGGAACGAACCCUGAAAAAUAAGCUGUGUUCACAAGCACCGCACACAAUUCAUUUGAAUGGACCUUGGAUUUGUUUUUUCUCUCGUGUUUUAUUCACUAUUUUCUAGCCACAACUUAUCCGCAUGACAAGAAAUGAUUGUUUGUACGCAGGUACUUGCAGACAAGAUGGGACUUCCUAUUUUCACUGAAGUAUUCCAUUCAUUUUCUACCAGUCAGAUGCUUGCCAUGGACUUAUGGAGACCAGACCCACUUUUAUCAAUGUCGAAUUUCCUGUGCUCUAUGUUAGAGUGUAUUGCUCCGCACAUUUACAGUGCUAUAAUGGGGUCAAGGUGGUCGCUCUGUGAAGUUGUUCAUGAGUGCAAACAUGCCAUUAACCAGUGAGAAGGAUUAGCAGCAGGGUGCUCUAGUUUUGAGAGAGAAUGUCCUUUACCUGGUGGAUCUGGGUUAAGAAGACCCUGAGCUAGUAAUUGUCCUCCUGCUGAAGUGUCCUUGAGCAAGAAACUGAGUCCCUUCAGGCUCAAGGGACACUGCUCUUUAACUGACCCUGAUGGCUUAUAACUUCGCAUAUAACUUGAAUUAGCAUUUGUUUAUUUGAAAUUUGAAAUGUUUAAAAAAAGAAACACUGAAAAUUGAGGAAAACAAAGCGUGCCAAUGUGACCAAUUAAACAAGUAUUAUUCCAUUUAUUUGGCAUGUUAUCUCAAUUAGAUUUUUUUUUUAUCACCUUGAAAUUGUCUCACACAAUACCACAGAGUAUUGAGAGGGCACCUAAUCAGGCAGUAGGCCUUCUUGAAAAAUAGUAUUUAAUGCUGCUCCAAGUAUUGAUGAUAUUUGAGCUGAAAUGAUCACAAGAGGAAACCAAAUUUUUAGUGAUGAAAGUUUGGAUUGUGCUGAUUUUAAGGUGGGUGGGGGGGAUUACUGAGCUUCUUUUUGUUUGCAAGCCCAAAGAUUUCGCUGUAAGAUGCACACUAAAUACUCUGUGAGGAAAGACUCAUGGGCGACACUUACUACCUGUGUAUGUUUGUAAAUAAAUUGCUUUGCUUGUUCAAUCAAAACGAGACUCUUGACGUUGUUGUUGCUUGAACCAAGCCUAGAAUGUGUUUCCUAAUGACUACCAUGAUCCAAUUACUUCUCCUCUAGUGCCACCGUAAGGUUGACAUAUGUGAUUUUUAGUUAAAUGUCUCAACAACUACUGGAUGGAUUGCCAUAAAAUUAGGUACAAACAUGCACGUCUAUCUAAGGAUGAAAUUUGGUCAGUUUGGUGAAUCCCAAACUUUUUAUAUGGAGCCAUCUUCUUGUUGAAAUAUCAAGUACAGUCUCACAGAGCUGCUAGCAUGGCUGUAGGCAAGUGGUUUAAACAAAUCUCAUCUAGGUUACAAUGGAAACUGUUCUCUCCAAUGUUCCUUAAAUUACAAGUUUUGUUAAAUGGCGCACUGUGAAAACGUUGUGGGACAAGUGAUAGUCAACUUGCAAACAUGUUACAUUUAUGCAUCUUGACAGGAGCUGCACUUAUUGCACUUGUAUCUUUUUGAGUCUAAAGGUCAGCACAGUAUUCCAUGUGCUUUUUAAAUACACUGCAAUCAUAACAAAGCUAAUGAUUAACCCGUGGCUGCAGUCUCGUAUCAUUUUCACCAUGUCUUCCUUGUUAAAAAUGUGACAUAAACAGUGAAACAGAGGAAUCCGUCUAUGAAAAAUACAAGAGGUGCAGACGAGCAGUAGCAAAAUCUAACUGAUGAAUAACUUAAGCCUCUUGCAAAUGAUUUUAAAUGUAAAUUAUUGAAAUCAUCUAUUCCUUUGUAAUAAAAGACCUGUCUGGGAUCCUAUUUGAUGCUUCAAAGUUAUGUUAUGUCAUGGUGCAGCUUAUAUUUUAAUUUAAUUCACAUGAAUCAUAUGUGACUUGAGCUCACAAUCACAAGAUUAUCAGUAGAACAACAAACUGAGUUCAUCUGUACUUGCAUUAAAAGCUGAGCUCACUGCUGCUCUACAACAUGCUGCCAAAAGUUCUCUUUUGUUGUGUCAGUGUCGGUGGUUCUGUUCAUUU